GGAGAGUGGUUGGCGCGCUGUGCGUGUGCGGGUGCGUGGGGUCGGGGUGCGUGAGUGCGUUGGAGUGCGUGCGGUGUGAGCGCGUGCCGCCCUCUCCCUACACAUUGAUCUUAUUCGAUCGGCCCCGGCCGAGAUGAGAAGAACGGAGCCGCGAAGCCGCGGGCGCUGUGCGGCGGGCGGGCGGGAUGAGUCGAUCAGAUAGGCGAGGCCUGGCCCCGGCCGGCCCCUGAGCGCAGGCGAUUCUGAUCCGCCCGCCGCCCCCAACCCCGCGGCCGCGCACUGAGCCCGGCUCCGCUCCGCGCUUUAUUGCGGGGUCCUACGGGCAGAAGAAGCCGCCGUUCUCCUUCCGGGAGUAACCGCCGUUGGUGGCAGCGCUGUGCGGGCACUCUGCGGGGAGGGGGCGGGGGGGCGGCAGCUCAGCGUGGUGCGGGCAGAGCCGCCCCCCCUCCCCGCCCCCCCCCACGGCCGUGUCCCGCUGCCCCCGCGGCGUGGCCGAUGGCCGCUCCCCCCCACCCGUGACACGCAGCCGUGCCCCCGUCCCGCUGUCCCGCUGUCCCGGUGCCGUACCGAUCCGUCCCUGGAUCCGAUGCACCGAUUCCUUCUUGGGGCUCACCCAACUCCGCGGCCACGGCUCCGGGGGCCGUUCGGGCUGCGAUGGGGCCCUGCACGGAGACAGAGGCUCAGCCGCCGCAACGGGAACGGGCGGGGGAGGAACGCACCGGGCACUCUGGUGGUCGCGGCUGCACCGCGCGGCCGCGGCGUGGAGACGGCUCCAGGGCCGGGGGGGGCCCGGCGGGGUCGCGCCGCCUCCGCCUGCCAUGGCGGGUCCGGUGCUGCCGCCGUUGCCGGGGAACUGUCGCGGGGCGGGGCCGAAUGGGGGGGGGGGCAGCGGGAAGGCACCGCGGGGGGGGCAGGGAGAGGGGGGGGGGCAGCUCUCGGGGUGAUGCCCGGUGCCGGGGUCACGGCGAUGGUCCCGGGGAGCGCUGCCCGGCGCCGCUUCCGGUGCCGAUAUCGAUUCAAAGGGAUGACGCCCGGUGCCGCCCCCGAGGGCGAUGCUCGGGUACCGAUGCGGUUUCCAGAGGAUGAUGCCCGGUACCGGCGGCUCGCGCCCGGUGCCAUCCCCGGGAAGCGACGCCCGGUGCCGUUUCCGGUGCCGGUACCGGGGGCGCUGCCCGGGGGCGGGGCGGGGGCGGUGCAGGUGGCGGCAGGUGCGCGCGCGGGCCGGGCCGGGCCGUUGGCGGGGGGCGGGACCGCGGGGCCGGUGCCGGUGCCCGCGCGGGGCCGAGCGCUGCCGCCGCCGCUGCGCCAUGGCCGGUGCUGGUACCGGUACCGGGGCCCGGCGGGCGCUGCUGGCUCUGUGCGUGGCCGCCGCCGCCGCCGUAGGGCUGUGCCGCGUCGGAGAGCGGCUGCACGUCUGCAAGGAGUCGGAGUACCACUACGAGUACACAGCAUGCGACAGCGCGGGCGCGCGGUGGAGGGUGGCGGUGCCGCACACACCGGGACUCUGCACCGGGCUGCCGGACCCCGUCAAGGGCACCGAGUGCUCUUUCUCCUGCAAGGCGGGCGAGUUCCUCGACAUGAAGGCGCAGGCGUGCAAGCCCUGUGCUGAGGGCACCUACUCACUGGGCACCGGAGUGCGCUUCGACGAGUGGGAUGAGCUGCCCCACGGCUUCGCCAACGUCGCCACCAACCUGGAGUUGGAUGAUGGCUUCAGCGAUGUGGUGGAGAACUGCACCACGUCGACGUGGGUGCCGCUGGGGGAUUACAUCGCCUCCAACACAGAUGAGUGCACGGCCACGCUGAUGUACGCCGUCAGCCUGAAGCAGUCGGGCACCGUCUCCUUUGAGUACAUCUACCCCGACAGCAGCAUCGUCUUUGAGUUCUUUGUGCAGAACGACCAGUGCCAGCCCACGGUGGAGGAGUCGCGCUGGAUGCGCACCACGGAGAAGGGCUGGGAGUUCCACAGCGUGGAGCUGAGCCGUGGUAACAACGUGCUCUACUGGAGGACCACAGCAUUCUCCGUCUGGUCCAAGGUCCCCAAGCCCGUGCUGGUGCGGAACAUCGGGAUCACAGGGGUCGCCUACACCUCCGAGUGCUUCCCCUGCAAACCCGGCACCUUCGCCGCCGCCGCCGGCUCCUCCUCCUGCCAGCUGUGCCCCGCCAACAGCUUCUCCAGCAAAGGGGCCACCGCCUGCCAGCCCUGCGAGCCCACCGCCUAUGCAGAGCCCGGCUCAGCAUCCUGCAAGAUGCGCCCGCCCUGCACUGAUAAGGACUAUUUCUACACACACACGGCGUGCGAUGCCAACGGGGAGACGCAGCUGAUGUUUAAGUGGGCAGAGCCGAAGAUCUGCAGCGAAGCGCUGCCCCGCGCUGCCCAGCUGCCCCCCUCGGGGCUGAAGACCCGCUGCCCCCCCUGCAACCCCGGCUUCUACAAAAGCAACAGCAGUGCCUGUGAGCCCUGUCCCUACGGCUCCUACUCCAACGGCUCUGGCUGUGUGCGCUGCCCGGCCGGCACCGAGCCGGUGCUGGGGCUGGAGUACAAGUGGUGGAACGUGCUGCCCCCUAACAUGGAGACCACCGUGCUCAGCGGCAUCAACUUCGAGUACAAGGGGAUGGCAGGCUGGGAGGUGGCCGGGGACUACAUCUACACGGCAGCGGGAGCCUCCGACAACGACUUCAUGAUCCUGACGCUGCUGGUGCCCGGCUUCAGCCCCCCGCAGCCGGCGCUGGAGGAUGGGGACAGCAAGGAGGUGGCGCGGAUUACCUUCGUCUUCGAGACGGUCUGCAGCGUCAGCUGUGAGCUGUACUUCAUGGUGGGCAUCAACUCACGCACCAACACGCCGGUGGAGACGUGGACGGGCCCCCGGGGGAAGCAGUCCUACACUUACGUGGUGGAGAAGAAUGCCACCACCAGCUUCACCUGGGCCUUCCAGCGCACGCGCUACCGCGAGGCGGGCCGGCGUUACACCAGUGAUGUGGCCAAGCUCUACUCCGUCAAUGUCACCAACGUGCUGGGGGGGGUGGCUUCCUUCUGCCGCCGCUGUGCCGCCACUGGGGGGCUCUGUGCCCCCUGCCCCCCCGGGCACGCCCUGGACCACAGCACUGGUGCCUGCCAGCCCUGUCCCCCCGGCACCUUCCUGCGGGGCCACCCACCUGACGGCCCCCCCGCCUGCCAGCCCUGCGGCCCCGGCACCCGCAGCAACCAGGUCCGCUCCCUCUGCUACAGUGACUGCACUUUCUCCCUGGCACUGCCCGGCCAAACGCUGCACUACGACUUCUCAGCACUGUCUGCCAGCACCGCCUUCACCAGCGGCCCCAGCUUCACCUCCAAGGGCCUCAAAUACUUCCACCACUUCAACAUCAGCCUCUGCGGCAACCACGGCAGGAAGGCGGCCUCAUGCACGGACAACGUGACGGACGCGCGGCUCCCCGACGAGGGCGGCUCCGGGCGGGUGGUGACGUCCCACGUGUGCCAGGCCAUCGUGGUGCCCUCGGACGUGGUGGGCCACCGUGCCGCCGUGUCCUCGCAGCCCGUCAGCCUGGCGGACCGCCUCCUGGGCGUCACCGUGAGCUCCGCGCUGGACGGCGUCGCCGCGCCCCCCGAGCUGUUCCCCCCCGCCAGCCCCGAGCUGCCCGACGUCGUCUUCUUCUUCAGGUCCGGCGAGGUGACGCAGUCCUGCGCCGGGGGCCGGGCCACCACCAUCCGCCUGCGCUGCGACCCGCUGCGGCCGGGCACCGGCAGCCUGGCUGUGCCCAGCAAAUGCCCCGAGGGCACCUGUGAUGGCUGCACCUUCCACCUCCUGUGGGCAACGGCCGAGGGCUGCCCGCGCUGCUCCGCCAACCACUUCCGCGCCAUCGUGGGCGCUUGCCAGGGCGGCGUGCAGAGGACCACGUAUGUGUGGAAGGAGCCGCGGCUGUGCCACGGGGGGCAACGCCUGCCCGCCCCCCGGGUCCGCCCGUGCCGCAGCGCUGAGUUCUGGCUGAAGGUGGGCGUCUCGGUGGGGACGUGUGUGGCCGUGCUGCUGGCUGCCCUGGCUGCCUACUUCUGGAAGAAGAACCAAAAGUUGGAGUACAAGUACUCGCGGCUGGUGCUGAAUGCGGCGGCCAAGGAGAGCGAGCUGCCGGCACCGGAUAGCUGUGCCAUCAUGGAGGGAGAGGAUGGUGAGGAUGAGCUCAUCUUCACCAGCAAGAAGUCCCUGCUGGGCAAGAUCCGCUGCCUGGCCACCAAGCGCACCCCAGACGGCUUUGACUCCGUCCCCCUGAAGCCAUCGUCCGGUGGCACUGACCUGGAGCUGUGAGGGGGCCGUUCUCCCCCCACCCCGUGGCCUUACGGACCCACAGAGCCCCGGGGCACUUUUGUCUCCCCCCACCCCUGGGAAAAUGCCAAAUACAGACAUGGGGGUCAGGAGCACCCCCAGCCUGGCAGGGGGACAUGGGGGGCAGCCCUGUGUGUCAUGUUGGGGGCACAUGUGUGGGGCAGAAGAGUGCAUGAUGGGGGUUGCACGAGUGUGCACACGUGUGCAAGCUGCUGGCCCCCCCUGCUCUGCUUGGGGCACAGCAGAGAGCACCUGGUGGCCGUGUCACCCCCCACCGUGUCACCCCCUGCCAUGCCAGCUGUGCCACAGCCCCAUGCCAGCCCCGCUCCCCCCCAGGCUGCCUUUCCCCCUGCCAGGACGCACCCAUUGGGGUGAUGCUGCCCCACAGUGGGUCCCCCUGCGGCUGUCCCCGCAGCGGUGCCCCGUGUCCCCCACCCCAUGGCUCCAUCCCCCCCCUUUUUACAGCGAUCUCAGCAUUUUCUAGGCAGCACCGGGCGGCCCCGCAUGUCCCGGCUGUGCAAUAAAGGCGAUGUUUCUGA